AUGGAAACUCAAGAAAUAUCACAUAAGAAUAAUGACGACAAUAAAGUUGAAGAAGAAAUACCACAUAAUGAUAAUAAUGACAAUAAAGUUGAAGAAGUAAAUGAUACUAAUGAGGAUGCUAAAAUAGUUGAUGAAAAUAGCAAUAAAAGCAUAACUGAGGAUACUGGAGGAGAAGCUGUUGAGGACCAAACUAAUGCGGUAGAAGGAACAGGAUCCGUUACUGUUAUUUUAAGUUCUUACUUUCAUUUUGGUGGCAUUGCUGAAGAUACAACACUAUGCGCUUCGGAAGAUGAUCCAAUGAUACCUGAUGACAUGGAGGUAGAUUUUACAUAUAACGUCAAAGUUUAUCUGUCAAGCUACAUUAUGAAUGAAACUGGAUACGUGAAAGAAGACGCAUUUCGAGAAGCACCCAUAGUUAUCGAAUCAUUCUUGAAUUAUUUGGUCAGAAGACAAGUAUGUCCCGAGUACUUGGAGGAUAUACAACAAGCAAUAAAAGUUGCUCAAUUAGCUAAGGAUGAGCUUUUGAAUUGUAAAUUGUUGACACAGGAUGCCCCUGGAAAGUUCAAUAAAUCAUGUUCAUUACUAUUUGGUGGUGAGCUAUAUGGAAGGUUUGAUAAUCCUUACCCCAGCGAAGAAAGCAUGGCUUUAUUAUUUGGAAUUCAUCCAGAAGAAGCAGAACAAAUUGUGAAAAAAAUUUUCGGUGACAAUGCUUUAAAUGAGUUAACAGAGGUGAAGCAAGCCAGAAAAUUAGGAUUAACUGUCGAAAUUAUCAAAGUCAAUGAACUACCAGAGUCAGCAACAAAUGAUACAGAGGAUGAUACAACAUCGGAAAAUGAAGAUGAUUGGUUACGUUCUUAUUUUAUUCGUGAAUUUGAAGUUUGUGAAUUUGAAUCUCCUGAUGCAGAACCAUUUACUAUCGCUGUUGGUCCAGAUCUUGCACCCUAUACAAUGAUCUCUUACUUAUUAGUGGAUAUUAACUAUUUUGCACGUAUAGGUUGA